CCAGAGACAGAAUCCCAAGCCCCGAGAGAACUCUCCGGCCAGAACACGGGAGCGAGCGAUCUCCAAUCUCUUUUGCGGCCGCCGAUACAGCCGGAGAAAAUUACUACCCCACAGUCACGACCGCGCAGGGCGACGGCGGCCACACAGCAUACCCCGCCGCCACGAUGCCGUCCGCCUCCAGCGCCGUCCCAUCCGCCGCGGCGCCGGGCGACGAGUCCCAAUCCCUCGCCGCCCCGAAGCUCCUGCUGGGGAGGUACGAUCUGGGCGGGCUCCUCGGCCGCGGCGCGUCCGCCAAGGUGUACCGGGCCAGAGACAUCCUCACGGGCCGGGACGUGGCCAUCAAGUCGUUCCCCAACCCGCGGGCCGGCGCGCGCGAGGGGGAGGGCUCCGCCGGGUCCGCCGCCAUCGAGCGGGAGGCGGCCAUCCUCAGCCGCCUGCGCCACCGCCACGUCGUGAGGCUCCACGAGAUUCUCGGCACGCGCAAGAAGGUCCACUUUGUCCUCGACCUCGCCGCCGGCGGCGAGCUGUUCUCGCUCGUCGACUCCGACGGCCGCAUGACGGAGGACCUCGCGCGGCAUUACUUCCGCCAGCUCGUGUCGGCCGUCCGGUACUGCCACUCCCGCGGCGUCUACCACCGCGACAUCAAGCCGGAGAAUUUGCUCCUCGACGGCGACGGCGACCUCAAGGUCGCCGACUUCGGCCUCGGCGCCAUCGCGGACGAGAGCCUCCACCACACCCUCUGCGGCACCCCGGCCUACGUCGCGCCGGAGAUCCUCUCGAAGCAGGGGUACCACCCGGCCAAGGUCGACAUCUGGUCCUGCGGCGUGGUGCUCUUCGUGCUCGCCGCCGGCUACCUCCCCUUCAACGACGCCAGCCUCAUCAACAUGUACCGCAAGAUCUACGCCGGCCGGUUCCGGUGCCCGAACUGGUUCUCGCCGGCGCUCCGCCACCUGCUGCGCCGCAUCCUCGACCCCAACCCGUCGACGCGCAUCGACACGGACGGCAUCAUGGAGCACCCCUGGUUCCGCCACGGCGCGAGCGGCGACGGCGAGCUGGAGGAGCUGAUGCGCGGGCACGAGGAGGAGGCGUGGUUCAAGACGGAGUUCAAGGAGGACAUGGCGCGGGACAUGACCGCGUUCGACAUCCUGGCCUUCUCGCCCGGCUCGGACCUCUCCGGGCUGUUCGGCGCCGGGCCGGGCACGGAGCGGGUGUUCGUGGGCGAGCCCGCCGCGGCCGUGCUGGCCCGGGUCGAGGACGCCGGGAAGAAGCAGGGGCACCGCGUGAGGAGGGAAGGGAAGGGCCGCGCCGGGCCGGUGUACGUGGAGGCGGAGGCCGGCGGCAUUGUCGCCAAGGUGACCGUGUUCCGGAUCGCCGACGCGGUGUCGGUGGUGGAGGUCGUCAAGGGCCACGGCGCGGAGGCCGCGGCGUUCUGGAGCGACUGGCUCGAGCCGGCCGUGAAGCCUCAGGCAGUGUGAAAAAGCUGCCGAGUGUGAGCCGGGCCAAGAAUGUUAUGUCGCUUCGCCGUGCCGUGCCGUCCCGGUGCCGGCAUGCCGCCGCCGCGGGCGGGCGCGGAGAUUUCUUGUUUCAAACUUCCAAUGGCGAAUUCGUUUGGUUUUUCUUUUCUUUGGGUCGUGUUAAAGCGGCAUGCCACGCCACCGCAAGUGUGGUGGUGACUGCGAACUGGUCGGCGGACCUGCUCUGUACGAUAUGGUGGGAGGGAAGAAAUCUUGGCAACUCGAGGCAACAA